AUCUCCUGGUGCGGCAAGCUGCCAUAUAGAGAAGAAAGAUGAUAUCAUGUUUACGCUAAAAUCUUUAUUUGUGUGUUUGAUCUUUGUGUGAAUAGACCACUUCGAAACGUUUUAUAAGCAAUGCUGGUCAUACUGCCGUGCUUGGCACUAGUUUUAAAUGUGUUUAGCCAGGACUUUAAUGAGACACAAAGUUAUGAUCCAUCUAAACUUUUGUCACAAAUAUUUAAUCUGGAACAAAAUGACACAAUCGCAAGGAAUAUGCCGUAUUUUGAUCAAAACAAUUUCAAACCCCACGAAGGUUCUAAAGCUCUAUCACUUCACAAAUUCAAGAGACAAAAACGUCGAAGAAUAAACCCAAACGGAUUAUAUGGAAAUCCUUAUCAAAAUAAUAUACAAAACUAUAAUACAGGACAUUUUUAUGAACGACCAUCAUUUGCCACAGAGGCCAUUUCACGAGUGACCGAAGCCCUAACAUCAAUAGCGCUGUACGACGAUUACCAAUGUGUGCCGCGGCUUUUAUGUGAAGCCGCUGGUGGCGGCUUAGGAAGUUCCAAUGUUCUUCAAUCUGUGACUGGAUUACAGCCACUUAUAACAUUACUUUCAGCCUAUGGUGGUAUUAGCUCAAACCCACUGUUCGUUUUCGGCAGAGCAGUUCUCUUAGGUAUGUCCUCAAAGGAAAAUCCUGCGUCCUGUCGGUAUGGGUAUCCUCUUUGCCCCACGGAUCCAGAACAAUUGGUCCACUAUCUGAACAACCAUAAUGGGGGUUUUUUUCGAUUCUUCAAUGCACCACAAAAGGGACAAAACAUUCAACAAUUCUACAAUCACUUGCAGGGGAAUCCCCAAAAUGGUAAUUAUGGGCUAUAUCAACCAAAUCAUCCAGAAACUGGAUUUAAUCCACAUCAGCAGAAUAUAGGUUUCGUUCCUCAAAAUCAAGGCUAUGGUUUUCAAAGACCACACGAACAGUACCAGCAAAACUAUGGAUUAGCAUUCCCUUACGGAGAGAAUUUCAAAAUACAGAAACGUAUACAGAAUAAUCCAAACGUUAAUAAUGCUUAUAAUACUGAUAUCUACUCCAAAUGGAUAUUUCCAGACAAUGUUGAUGAUAAUGAUAACGAAAAUGUGGAAAAUGGUAAUAGAAGAGGAAAGGAAUUAAAGUUUCCUGAAAAUUCAAAUUAUGUUUCGACGGAAAAUCAUGAAACAGCCUUUACGUUCCCAAAUACAAACAGAGGUGUUGAGUAUAUUAAUUAUAAUAAAUUGUACGAAAAGUAUAAUGAUUAUAAAGUUGAGAAUAAUGAAAAAUAUAAUGAUUUUGUAACUGUUUACGUUGUCAGGGGUAAUGGAGAUCCGAACAAACCAGAAAUUGUUAAAUUGAGACCGGGGCAAUCUUUAUAGUUUUAAAAGUUAAUAUAAUCAAUUAAUUCAGUCGCCCUAUAUGUAAAAUUAUUUAAGGAAUAAAUAGUUUAUAUAUAAGGAAAUUUAUAAUACAUAUUCACCAGACUCUGCUAAUAACUAGCAAGUAUUUAAUGUUAAUUUGGUAAAAAUUUAAUAAUCAUUAUUUCACGGGAGAUUGUAUUAUAAAAUUUUACUUUAU